AUGUCUUCCCUGGGCGAUCCCGCAAACCCCAUCCAUCCCUCGCAAUCGGUUUCAUCCACCGCGUGCCAGUCCCCGGCCCUCCCAUGGGAGGUCAUCGAGAGAACCAUUGACCACUGCUUCGGCGACAGGGCCUCACUACGCGCUUUCUCUCUCACCUGCAGUCAGCUCCGUCCUCGUAGCCUCUUCGUGCUCUUCAUCAAUGUCGACAUACAGAGCGCGAAGCAGCUCAAGGCGUUCUACGAUGCUGUCCAAGCUCAGCCGCACCUCCAGCCUGUCGUGAAAUCUCUGUCUUUUCCGUGGGACGAGGCCUCUCCAUCCCUCCUGCUUUCCAUCCUCCCCGGUCUCCGUCAGAUCACAUUCAACAAGAUCUCCUUCGUGAUUACGGACCAUGACCGACUCUCCCAGUCCCCCUUGCCCUCUGGCGACCAGCGUGUGACUAGCCUUCGGAGCCUGUUCAUCCAGAAUGCUAGCUUCCCAUUGCAAAGCACCUUCCUCCACUUCCUUUCCGCGUUUCCGAAUGUCGAAAACGUCACCUGCGAGCGUCUCUCACUACAUCAGGAUCCUCUUCCGGAAGGUGUCCCUGGCGGCCUAACGCUAAAUGCCCGGAAGACGAUCUCCUGGUCGGACGAGUUCAGCAUGUGCUUCCGUCCACUAAGCGAGAAGUGGGCGCUGAACGAAGACAUCAGAUACUAA